CACGUCCCGUCGCGGGGAGACGCGCUAAAGCGUGAUCCAAUAUGUCUGCUGACAUAACACAGACCUCUGUGGCACGUGCAUCCAACUUCGCCAAUUCGGGACAGAAGAUCUCCGGUCUCGAGUAUCGGAGAGCGUCAAAAGACCGGGGUUCCAGAUUUCAAGCAUCAACCAUCUUCAACCAGGAUCUGGUCAGUCCGUCACAAUGGGUCCUCAGUUGAAGAUGUUCCGAGGCCCCCAAUUGGCCUUCCUCCGGCCAUCCUGCCUUUCUCUUCCGUUGUCGAGAUGUUUCUCGACCACAUCACCCGCCCUGGACUGGCUGGCCCCAAAGUUCAUGGAAAAAUCUAAGUCUCCAAAGGGUCGCCCGCAUGUCCCAACCGGAGGAUCAUACCGAGGAACAACAGUCGUUUGGGGUGAUUAUGGCCUGCGAAUGAAGGACCACGACCGACGUGUGUCUGCGGCGCAAUUGAAAAUUGGGGAGGAGACCAUCCGUCGAAGGCUGAGAGGAAUGAAUUACGAACUUUACAAGCGCGUGAGCGCCAACAUUGGUGUCUACACAUCCGGAAAUGAGAUGCGUAUGGGUAAGGGAAAGGGAAAGUUCGACUACUGGGCCGUCAGGCUUCCUGUGAGCAGGAUUGUUUUUGAGCUGAGGGGUGACAUUCACGAGAAGAUCGCCAGGGAGGCCUUCCGACUGGCAGCUCACAAGCUUCCUGGACUCUGGGAAUUUGUGAAGAAGGGUGACCCUCCAGUUGUUGGAUUGACGAAGCUCCAAAACGGAGUUACAUUGGAGAGCCUCAAGCGCCCGAGGAGAGAAGUGCCGCUCGGCAUGGAGAAGUCAGCACCGAAAUCGGUUUCGUCCAGCACCUCCCCUACGAGCACUUCAUAGGCUAUAUAUCCUAUCGCGAUGCUGCUUCAUACCUCCUUUAAAUGCACUUUUCCAACAUCUAUGCACCGACACCUGAACCAGGCCCAUACCUCUGUGCUCGCCUGCUUUUCCUCGCCUCCUCAUCAUCUUCUGGCGCCCGUGGUUUCAGAUCUUGUGUACACUACCGUCAGCUUUUUUCUUCGUUUCUUUCUCAACUGAAGGAUGUGUUUGUAUAUGGGAAUAAAUGAAAGAAUAGGACAAUAAAUACAAUACCUUUAUCAGCCUCUCCCGAUACG